GUCUACCUGGACAAGUCCCUUGGUCCCAUCGCUGCUACCAUCACCGAGUCCUCCCAGCGCCUUGCGUCUACCCUUGGCGUCCACCCCGACAUCGUUCUCUACAGCUUCGUCGCCUGCAUCAUAUUAGCAGUCCCCUUCGCCAUGGCACACUAUGGCUGGUCGAGACGCGGCUCGGUAUCCCCAUACAGCUCCUCGCUCGGGGCCGGCGGCGUGCCCAACGUGACCGAUGAGGACUACAGCUACAUCACAUCGCAAGAUCUCCAGGAUUCCUUCCCGGAAUCGUCGACGACUCCGAGGUACGCGCCGCGACCGCGCCCGACCGCCCCGGCACCGGAAGACGAUGUCAUCCUCAUUAAUUACAAGGGGGCCACCUACCCAGCCCAUUUCCCCCCUUAUUCCAUCGGUGACGGCAAGCUUCGCGUCCGCGACAUCCGCGACAGAAUCGCACUGGAGCUCGAUCUCUCCGACCGCCGCGCCCGUCGAGCUAAGAUCCUCUACAAGGCCCGUCAACUCAAGGAACCGGCCGCGCCCAUCCGGGACUACGGCGUGAAGAACAAUAGUGAGGUCCUAGUCGUGUUACCGGAGGGGGCUGCGGAUGAGGGCGACGACCUGUCGGGCGAGGAGAUGGUUGUCGUCGAUGCACCCCCCCGCGAUGCAGACGACGCGAGGAAACGCCGCAAGAGAAAGUCCAAGAAGUCCAAAAAGACGCACCACCCCAACGACAUGGCCACGAGCCCGCACGACAGCGCCUCUUCUUUCUCCGUGCUGAGCCGCGAUUCCGACGCGUCUCCGUCGUCCCCGAGCUUGAGACACCCGGUUUCGGGGCCCAUGGCUAAACUCAACGAGAUUGAAACCUAUUUCGUGACCAAGCUGUAUCCUCUCUGCGAGGCUUUCAUCCGCGAGCCCCCCGCCGACAAGAAGAAGCGGGAGGACGACCAUCGGCGGAUCACCGAGACGGUGAUGCAGCAUAUCAUUCUGAAGCUCGACGAGGUGGAAAUGAACGGAGACCAGGAGGCUAAGAGAUGGAGGAAGGACAUCAUCAUGAAGGUACAGCGCAUUCUAAAGGAGCUAGACACUAGACUAAACGGAUAG